AUGAGUGGGUAUUUGAAGGUGCUGUCCCAGGACGGUAGCUGGGAGACGCGUUACAUCGAGAUCGAUAACACGAAGCUGUACAUUUGGAGGACAAAGGGGGACAAGGAAUCUGGUGCGGCAGUGGUGAAGGAGCUGGACCUCAAGUGUGCCACCUUGCGCGAGGUAUCAGAACCUAACACGUGGGCAGUGCAGCCGGAAAAGGCAGAGGCCACGUACUUCCAGGCAGACGGAGAAGGGCGGAAAACUGAGUGGAUGGACACGCUUCGGCACUACAACUCGAGCAGCAUUGGGUCCGAGAAGGUGACCCUUAGUGACUUUGAAAAGAAGUUUGUCUUGGGCAAAGGCUCCUAUGGCAAGGUGUUCAUGGUAGUGAAGAAGGACACGGACAAAUGGUACGCUAUGAAGGAAAUGAGCGCAGAGAAGAUGCGUCAGGCGGAGAUUAAGGCGCCAUUUGCAGAGCGUAUUAUUUUGGAGGAAAUAGACCAUCCUUUUAUUGUUCACCUUCACUACUCUUUUCAAGAGCAAGGAAAUCUGUACAUGAUCCUUGACCUACUAGCAGGAGGCGAGCUCUUCACCUACAUUGAGCAGCACGCUCCACUCGAUGAGGAGGUCGUCAAGUUUUACGCGGCUGAAGUGGCCCUGGCGCUCGGGUAUCUGCACAGCCGCAACAUCAUUUAUCGCGAUUUGAAGCCAGAGAAUGUUGUCUUUGACCAUGAGGGGCACGCCUGUCUGACCGACUUUGGACUGGCCAAAGCGAACGUGCACGAGCCAAACGCUGUGACGUACUGUGGUACGAACGAGUAUCUGGCUCCAGAGCUGCUGAAGGGUGUGCCACACGGCAAGGCGGUGGACUGGUGGUCCCUAGGGCUCAUGAUGUGUGAGAUGCUCUUCAAUGACCUCCCCUUUUACGACGAAAAUCCGAUGCAAAUGCAGAUGAAGAUUUUGACAGAGGAUGUCUCCUUUCCAUCGCACAUUCAGAUCACCGAGGAGACAAAGGACUUGAUUCGGCGCCUGCUCAACAAGAACCCCGAGCGUCGCCUGCAAACGUUGGAGGAGUUCAAGGCACACAAAUGCUUUUCAAAUCUCGAUUUUGGUCUUCUAGAGGGGUGUAAGCUCAAGGCUCCGAUCACACCUGAUCCAAACCCGGCACACAACUUUGCGAAAGAAUUUACGAGCGAGGUGAUUGUGCAAAAUGAGUCGCCAUCGCAGGCGAUUGUCACGUUGGCCGGCUACACCUACGAUAGAGACUCGUCGGAGCAGGAAAAGUCCCCUUCUCACUCCCCCACAAUAGCAGAAGAGCUGCGUCAACGCAGAGCGUCCAAGAAAACGUCUAGCAGCGGCAGUGAAGCAGUCUCUCCUCCCGUGACCGGGGGAAAGAGGACGUCGAACUCCAGCUCAGCUGGCGCAUCGGCGAAACAAGCUGCAACCGGGCCCAUUAAGAAGGUGGAGCACCACAUACCCGCCAAGGUGGCGCCACAGGCCGCGCGGAAAAAGUUGACCCAGAACAGCAGCUUCGACAAAGCCGCGAAGUAG